AAAAAGGAUGAACUUUAUAAUUGGAUUGUAAUUAUUAACAUAUGAGUCAAUAGAUCAGAUAGAAUACAUAAAAUUAUAAGAUAUGUCAGUUUAGGUGUAAUUGAGAUAGUGUUGUUAGCAUAUUAUGCAAAUAUUGAUGAAAAAAUGUAUGAAGAGAUAUCUAAGAUUCCCGAUAUUGAUGAUGACUACAGUGCAUUUAAAGGACUUUCAGUAACUGGAAGUGUUUUUAUGAUGAUUACUUGGUUUGGUUAAAUAGUGUUAAUUUUCAAAAAGAUAGAAAUAUUAUUGUAUGUGAUUUUAGGAGUAAAUUCAUUAGCAUAAUUCUUUCUUUUGGUUGGAAUGGGUAUGGGAGUACAAGGAGUAAGACAAAUAUAAUUAUAAAUUAUAGAGAAAUAAAAUUCCUAUACAAGGGUUUGAUAAUUUUAAUUAUCCAAUUGGACUUUGGUUUAUAUAAUUCUGUCUUUAUUUGUUGAGUCUAGUGUGUUUAUACGAGUUAAAAAAUAUGGAGGUACCUCUAAAUACAAAGGUAUAAAGUGUGGAUUUAACAACAUAAAAUAAAUAAGGGAUGAUAGUAGAGAAUUUGGAUACUUAAUAAUAACAAUAAAAUGUAUGA